UUUUUUUUUUUUAAGUAGUUAAAGAGAUUGAUGUUUAAAUAUGAGCAUGGAAAGUAUGCAUACAGACAAAUUAGUCAAAUAAAAAUAAACAUGAAGAGUUAUAAAACAAAAGGAAUAAUAUUGGAAUUCAUCUAUUAUUUUUUUAUGUUAGACAUGAAACAUGUCCUAGUUGUUUGUCAAGUUUAAUCGAUUUGUAUUAUUGGAUUCAAUUGGUAGAGCAAGUUGUUAGUUUAUUUUUCUUUCCCAACAAACCAACUCCUAGUAGUAUAGAAUUGAACACCAUUUAUAUCUCAUGUCAUCAAAAUUAUGUUACAAAAACACACAAUUAUUAGUGUACAUAGUGUACCACUAAUAACAAGAGAGAAAAUACAGUCACUUAGUUAAGAGCUUAAGGCAAAAAAAAAAAGCUAGCCAUUAUAAUUCUAACUAAAGAAAUAAAAAAAAAAAAAAAAAAAAAAAUGCAUGAACAACUAUUUCUAGUAUUGAAAUCAACGUUGUUGGUUAUAACACUAUCCAUUUUAAUACUAGGCAUCAUUUCAAGGGUAAGGCGAAAGCCAUACCCACCAGGCCCGACGGGCUUGCCUAUCAUCGGCAACAUUACGGUAAUGGGCCAGCUGACCCACCGUGGGCUAGCUAAGAUGGCGGAACGUUACGGCGGGCUGUUCCACCUAAAGAUUGGCAUGGUACACAUGAUGGUCGUCUCCAGCCCGGAUGAGGCCCGAGAAGUUCUACAAGUCCAAGACAGUGUCUUCUCCAACCGGCCCGCUAGCAUUGCCAUCAGCUACCUCACCUAUGAAAGGGCUGACAUGGUUUUCGCGCACUACAGCCCUUUUUGGCGUAAGAUGCGCAAGGUAUGCGUCAUGCACCUCUUUAGCCGGAAACGGGCCGAGUCAUGGCAAUCUGUCCGCGAUGAGGUGGACAACAUCAUCCGGGCCAUUUCAGGCCGGGCCGGGUGUCCCGUUAAUAUCGUGGAUCAUGUGUUUAAUCUUACUAAGAAUGUUAUAUACCGGGCCGCCUUCGGGUCAAAAUUCUCCGCGGGCCAGGAUGAGUUCAUAGCCAUCCUGCAGGAGUUUUCCGAGCUUUUUGGAGCGUUUAAUAUAGCGGAUUUUAUCAAGAUUCUCACUUGGGUUGACCCGAACGGGCUUAACAAACGGCUAGUUAAGGCCCGGACCGCAUUGGACCGGUUCAUUGAUCCGAUUAUUGAUGAUCAUGCCAAGAAAAAGGCAACUAAUAAUGAACAUGUAAAACAAGACAAUAAAGUUGAAGAAGAUCUUGAUGUGGUGGAUGAGUUGUUGAACUUUUAUAGUGAGGAUGCCAAAGUUAAUAAGCAAGAAGAUUCAAAUAACCCUAUCAAACUUACUAAGGAAAACAUCAAAGGUAUUAUCAUGGAUUUGAUGUUUGGAGGAACAGAAACAAUAACAUGGGCGGUAGAAUGGGUAAUGACAGAAUUAUUACGUAACCCCAAAUACAUGAAACGGGUCCAACAAGAGCUUGUUGACGUAGUUGGUUUAACUCGACGGGUCAACGAAUCAGAUCUUGAUAAGCUCCCAUUUUUUCGAUGUUGCAUAAAAGAGACCCUACGUAUGCACCUACCAAUCCCGCUCUUGCUCCACGAGACUGCUAAGGAUGCGGUCAUAGGAAAAUACUACAUCCCUAAACAAUCACGAGUCGUGAUCAACACAUGGGCUAUUGGAAGAGAUCCGAACUCAUGGUCUAAUCCAGACACGUUCAAACCCGAAAGGUUCCUUGAAGAGGGUGCACCCGAUUUUAAAGGGGCUAAUUUUGAGUUUACACCUUUCGGAUCAGGCAGACAGUCUUGCCCGGGUAUGGGGCUAGCGUUAUACACGCUUGAGUUGUGCGCAGCAAACUUACUCCAUUGUUUUACGUGGGAGUUGCCUGAUGGGAUGAAGCCGAGUGAACUAAAUAUGGAUGAAACUUUUGGACUCACUGUCUCAAAGGUGACUCGACUCAUUGCGGUGCCUAGUCCCCGCCUGUUGUACACGCUCAGCUGAAUAAACCACGAAGCCAAAGCUGCAGGAUUGGUGAUUGCAACGACGAAGGUAGGUGAUAUCAAAUUUAUCCGCCUCUCUUUCAAGUGAAAUAUUUCGCGCUGAGUAUGAAGAGACCAUACUGCAUCCACAAUAUAUAAUUUUGUGCACUAUAUAAUAAAAUUUCACUGCAGUUUGUUUCACCACAUUGGCACAUUCAUGCCUACUCUUAAUUUUCAAUAUAUAUGCUUUGAAUAUACGUAGAUACACCGACUAAAAUCAUGAAUUUUUUACAUACUAUGAAUGUCUUUCAUGUAGGAAUUUCCAUGCAUAGUUCUCCAUAAUCAGAAGAACAAAAAUAAUGAGAAUUCCAAGUACAAUUGUUGGUUCAUUGCACAAUUAAAUUUUCAUGGUGUUACUGAAUUCAA